AUAUUUUAUUACAGUAAUGUCUGCAGCUUCAACUCGGCGACCAAGUACAGAAUUGGGAGACCUCUCAGGAAGCUUAACUGAUGAAGAGCAAAUUCCUCCUCCAGCAGCUUGUAUUUCUCCAGAUAUGCCAUCGUGUGCAUCUGGAAUGUCAGGUCUGGAUGACAGUUGCUUAGAUGCAAUGUUGGGCGAUGGCAUUGAAGGCCAAGCACUCUAUGAUAAUAUGUGUUAUCAGGAGUUAAGUUCCCAAGGAGAACUAGAAAAGGCAUCAGAGAAAGAACAAAUUAUUCCUUAUAAUGUGGAAGAUGCUGUGCAAGCAUUGUUAGCAAAUCACUGUAUGAUGGGUGAAGGAACAAAGAAAUAUGUGCGACAACUUCGUGUUGACUUAAACCAUCGCCAAUCAGCAUGGGGAAGAUUGAAAAUUGAACGAAACCUGUAUGUCCUCACAAAUCUACUUUUUGAAUGGUUGGAACAUUUGAAAUCUCCCAUUCUUGAUCGUGAUGACCUUAGCUACAUAGUUAUUUUAGGCAGUCAACCAGAAACAUGCCUAAAAAAAUUAGAUCUGAUUACACAGUAUACAUUGGAAUAUUUAUUACGAUUUUUAGCAAGACUUCAGCCUAUCUCUAAUGAUACUACAGAAGAUAUCAUAAAACGAUUUGUUUGUUCACUUACUCAUCAAUCCAUUGCAAUUCAGGGCAUUCUUAAACCUGCAGGAAAAAGUUAUCAAAAACUGCGAGAAGGAACCUACAGAAAAGUAAUGGAAUUUAUGAUAAAGGUUUACGACAUGGUGUAUGAUAGUAUAAAUAAUCAACUGUCAAUGUCUCCUGAUUCCCCUCGCAGAAUUGAGGAUAUGAAGCAAGAGGAACAAUCGCAAUAAUUUCACAGCAAUCUCUAUCCAUUGUUUGAGAUUGGAUAGACCUUACUGGCUUAAUUUAUACUCAUGCCAGAAUCAUGAAGCAAUAUAAUACAAAAUUGGUUAAAUUCCAUUUUGUAUGCAACAGAUGUUUCAUGUCUUGAAUUUGUAGAAUUAUGAAGAACAUUGUUUGAACUUCAGAUUUGAAGUUCCUGACAUUUUUGGAUUCAUUCUUCUCAAAAGUAAAACAAAUUUCGACAGGCAGAAGUGAUAAUUCAGAAUAACUGAAGAGACUGUCAACUCAAAAUAUAUUAUUGAAUUGAAUAACUUGCAAAGAAACACUUGAAGAGAAAAGAAAUUGCAUGAUAUGCUUCAUGCUGAAGGUCUUAGGCCAAUUGCCAUGCUGCCUCAAUUCAGUGACUAUAUUCUAAUUCUAUGCUUCCAAAAGACUUAAAAUAACAUUGUUUAUGAGCUCAUCACAUGAACAGUUUGAUUGCUCCUCACUGGUUUGAGCUUUUAAAUUAAUGAAUAAAAUCAUGUUCAAUGUAGGAAGAUGAAUAUAUGUGCAUCAAUUUGUAUACAUAAUAGGCUUACAAGGAAAAGGUAUUAACACCAAUAUCAUGGAACUAAGAAAGCUAAUGAUCAGAACUGCUUUUGGACAGACAGAAUUUUGUGCUUAAUGGUCUUAGAUAUUCCAGAAUGUAUCAUCGCUAUGGAACUAAAAUUAUAGGGCUUAGUCCAUUUUCCUUGAAUGUGGACUAUAUUUUGUGUCACUUAACACAAUUAAUAUCACAUUUUAAUUCAUUUCCUGCAGUUUUGAAAUAAAUAACUUUUCCCUGUAAGCUUAUGACCUAUAUUAUAUUGAUCAUAAUUCCAAAUGUAUUUUAGGUAACUACAUAUACAUGGCCAGUCUAAAGUAUUUCAAUUAUAUUCAAUGCCAGCAUCCCAGAGUUAUCAUUUGUACAUUUAUGUAUUGUAUGUACAUUUUAUUUCCCAAUAAGUUGCUAAUGUAAUGAUCAGAAAAAUAGAUUUAGAGAGUUAUUAAUUGUGUUGUUAAAGCGAUGUUCAUUUUAACUCGUUUUAUCUAUUGGAAAGUGUACUGUGCUCUUUUGCCAAAAUGGUGUUUAUGUUUGUAAUCAAAACGUUUCUGGAUGCAUUUGAGAGUUUAUUAAUUCUGAUAUAGUCAUGUUAUCUUUUUGUUUCUUAGUUGAAGAAAAAAGCAAAAACCCAUUUCUCAAUCCCACAUAUUCUAUUUUAAUUUAUGUAAAUUAAUUUUUAUUUUGCAUAUUCAAUUUUUUAUUCUCUUUAAUAACUUUCCUCUUGUUUAAUGUACCUGAGAAUGACUAUUAUAAAGUCAGAAAGUUCUUCAAUUAAGAAAUAAAAUUAUAACACGAAUAUAUAAUUCCCACAUUUUGUAGCCUAUUUUACAAGUUCACAAGACUCCUUUAUUUGCUUCUGAGGUAAUUGUCCAUAUUUGAGAAAUACCAAAAAAGGGUUGUUUUUAAUGGUGAUUUUUUAAUUGAUCAAGUAGAAGAAUUGACUAAAAAACACAAGGUAUAGAGAGUACAUUUAUGCUCCCAAAAUAAUUGAAAUUUGAAAAAGAAUUAUAAUCAAUUAUUUAACUUUUUACAUUAUUUUUUUAUUCAGACUAGAGUAUUUAUUAAAGUUGAAGUAAUUCUGCAAAUUCAUAAUAUGGUUUUUAAUUUUUUGAAAGUAUGAAUGUGUUUAUAAAUAUUUACUCACCAAUUAAUUACAGCAACACACAUACGUUAAUAAAUGCUACAUUUUGCCUUAUCCUUCAAAAAAAUGUUUUUGCAGAAAUUUUCUACAACUUAUUAUGAGUUUGUUGGGGAGGAAUCAGUAUUUUCAAACAUAAUAGCAAUGAAUAUCGUUGUAGAGAGAAAUAGCAGAAUAUCUCUGCACAGGCAGGAUUGACUUACAAGCACUAUACUUGUCUAAAAUGACAGAGUCUAAAAUGACAGAAUGAACAAUGAAAUUCAGGGUGCAAGAUGUAAUAGGGAAUUUAUAUCAGGAUUAAAAAUGAAAUAACAUGUACAUUUAUUCAUGGAUGAAAUGAGUAAUAUAAGAAAAGUGUGAACUAUUUUUUAUUAAAUUAUCUUAAUUUAUUUAUCAUUGUUUUAUUUCAUUUGAUUUUCAUAUUGCUUAAAUUUACCUGCCUUAAAAUCUUAUUUUUCACGAAUCAUAAAGACUUUGAUUAAAUAAUGUUGAUUUGUUUUACUUUAUAAAUUGUGAUAGCAAUAUUUUGAGAGCUAUAAAAUUAUAUUGUAAAUAAAACAUUGUGUGAAAUUAACCUGAAUAUUUGUUAUUGCUUUUGUGUUAUAAGCAAUUAUUAUGAAGCACUACUACCAAUCUAACUGUUGACAUUACUCUGCCAAUAUUCCAUAUUGUUUACAGUAAAUAUAGUUUUUGAAGUAAAAGAAU